CGGCUUUUGUUUUGAAAAGAGGGAAAUUUAAACUGGAAGGCGUCAGAAGCUGCAGACGUAAACUGGAAAUCGAUUUACACAAAAAACGGACUCGUAUUUGGACACAAACCAAAAUUCUGCUUCCUUGGAUGUAAAGUGGAAAACAACCAGUAUGAAGAAGAGGGUCAAGAUGCCUCGCUCCACCGAUGGAUCCACCAAGCAAGAAGAUCACUGUGUUCUGUGUCGAUUCGCUGAUGAUGACCCAGCCUUGUAUGGAGAAAAGGUCAAGCUCAAGGAUCACAACCUCUCCGUCCACUACUUCUGUUUGCUAACGUCUAAUGGAAUUUACCAACGAGGAGAAGAAGAUGAGGGCGUCUUUGGAUUCCUGGUGGAGGACAUCAAACAGGAGGUCAGAAGGUCGAGUCGACUGAGGUGUGUUGGCUGUAAGAAGAAGGGAGCAUGCGUUGGCUGUAACAUCACAAACUGCAGAAAGACGGUGCACUACCCCUGUGGGAGGAAACACAAAUUCAUCUCACAGUUUACUGGACUGUUCCCGACUUACUGCCAAGAUCACAGUCCUUCCCAGUCCUUGUCCCUGGGGUCGGACUCCAGUCUCCCUCACUCCUGCUCCAUCUGUUUGGACUCCAUCGAACCGGUUCUGUCCUACUCUAUUCUGAAAUGUCCAUCCUGCCACGCCAGCUGGUUCCACAGAGACUGUGUGCAGCGUCAGGCCCACAGUGCAGGCCUCUUCUUCUUCAAGUGCACUCUUUGUAACAACAAAGACCAGUUCCAGGAGGAGAUGCUCAGGAUGGGGAUCUUUAUCCCAGAGAGAGAUGCAUCAUGGGAGUUGGAGGCAAACGCAUAUUCCGAGCUUCUGGAGGUUUACGAGCAUUGCGAUUCUCUGAUCUGCCUCUGCAGCGACGGACGCACGUUCUCGGACAAGAGUGGCUGGUUUAUGGUGAUCCGGUGCUGCCUGUGUGGAUCCAGGGGGACUCACAGGAAAUGUUCAGGACUGAAGUUGGACGCUAGAGACUGGGCCUGCUCCGACUGCACCAGGGCUACUAAUAAAAGAGCAUUCCUGGUUACACCCCCCCGUGCAGGUCAGAGAAGAAAUUUGCUGUCCAAACACAGUAAAAGAGCCAGUUUACCCGUAAGACCUGAGUCACCUGAGGAGAUCCUUCAAUCCAUAGUCCCUCAACAUCAUCCUUUCAGUGUGGAGCUUGAGGUGGAUGGAGAUCAGGCUCUGUCAGCUGGUCUGGACCUCGUCAGGAGGCCGGACUUUGACCCCACACACACACUGUUGAUCAGAUUCAGAGAUGAGCAGUACGCAGCCCAGGAUGAAGACACAGCCAGGACAUUCUUCCUGAAGCUGCUCUUGCAGCAGAUCCAUAACUCUGAGGUGUUUGAAGGUCCAAGUGGAUGCAAAAACCUGGCCCUGGACUCCCAGGCUCUCCGUGAUGACUCGUACUUUGACCUGGGCUGCCUGUUGGCCCUGUCCCUGGCCCAUGGCGGACCACCUGUGGGGUUCUUCUCCCCGGCUCUGUACCAGUGUCUGUUUAACUAUCCGGCCAACCGCCCUCUCUCUCUCAGGCACAUGACCCCUGACACACACCUGACCCACCAAGUCCGACAGAUUGCAGAGGCAGAAUCUUUAGAUAAGUUGAGAGAAGCCAUGGCAGCUAGCUGGGAGUUCCUGGAGUUAGCUGGCUGUAACCAACCAGUCAGGAGCCUGCGGGAGAGAGAAGUACUGGUGGAGGACUUGGUCAGCUUCACCAUGAUCACAAGGAUGCAGCUCCCACUUCAGAGGUUUCGUGAAGGUCUGCAGACUUUGGGUGUCGGUGGUCAGGUUCAGCUCUUCCCUUCGGUCUUCUACCGUGUGUUCUGUGAGUCUGCAGAGCGCAUCACAGCUCAGACUCUCAGCCAGGUUUUCACCAUUAGCUUCUCUGAGCAGCAGGACAAACUGGAACGAGAGACACCCGUUGUCACCUUUUGGAGACACUUCCUGCUGGAGUGUGAAGUUGGAAGAAGCUCCAUCUCUCUGCAGGACAUCCUCUGCUUUGUCAUCGGAGCCGACAGGCUUCCACCAGCCGACCUCCUACCUCCUCCUUCUAUUUCCUUCCUCCACCAGUCCACCUCUCCCCAAGCAGAACUAAAAGAGCAGGAGGAGAGUGAGGGAAAGUCAUGGGAGGAGGCGCUUUUUCCUCAGAGCAAACCAGAAUCCAACAGCCUCCUCCUGCCCGUCACCUCUUCCUACAAGACUUUCAAGCACUCUAUGGAGCACGCCAUCAGCCUCCAUGUUCACCUCCGACAUUCAGAGUGAGAACCAGAUGGCGAUCCUGUUUAUAAACGUUCUUUAAAGAGUAAUGUUCAUACUCCUGUUUUUAUUGUUGCUGUCAUCAACUAUUAUAGUCAAUGUGUGUGUGUGUGUGUGUUUUAUAUUUGUUGUUAUGUUGGUGCUAUUUCAUAUGUCAGACAUUUUUAAGAGUAAGAAUUUAAAUGCUUGACAGAUUAUCUAAAGUGUUGGAUGAGCAGACUCAACUUUUUUGGUUUAUGUUUGAGUUUCAAAUGUUUCCCUCUAUUUAGUAGAAUCCAAGGCAGCAGUGUCUGGCUGGAAACCCCUAUGUUGUUCAUUGGUGAUAAUCUCACAAAUAAAAAAAUGUAAAAAUAAA